AUGGAAGCUGUCAAAAACGUUCUGCACAAGAUGCACGUCACCGGGAACAGCGAAGCGGCAACCCCUCAUCGAGAGCCCACAGCCGAAGAACUCCAAGAGCUCAAGGACAAGUACACCAAGGCGAAACAAGAGCAAGUCUUUGCCUUCUACGAGACACUCAGCACUACAGAGAAAGCCACUCUCUUCGAGCAACUAUCCUCCUUCGACCCCGAGCACAUAAACACCAUCACCGACCGAGCCCUCAACCCUCCCGCCGAAACGAAAGAUGCAGAGAAGGGAACUGGCCUCGAGCCCCUCCCCGAAUCUGCUACCGCCAGUAUCCUUGACUCAAAGACAGAAGAUAUCGAGAAGUGGUACGACUCGGGCUUGGACUUGAUUGCUGCCAAUAAAGUCGGUGUGGUGCUUAUGGCUGGUGGGCAAGGCACCCGGUUAGGAAGCUCAGAUCCCAAAGGCUGCUUCAACAUCGGUCUGCCAUCCGAGAAGUCGCUAUUCAAGAUUCAAGCAGAACGGAUUCGUAAAGUACAAAAGCUGGCACAGAAGAAGGGAGGAAAGGGGGAGGUCGUGGUUCCAUGGUAUGUCAUGACCAGUGGUCCUACAAGAGGCCCCACCGAGAAAUAUUUCCAGGAGAACGACUAUUUCGGACUCGAGAAGGAGAAUAUUGUGAUUUUCGAGCAAGGAGUUUUACCUUGUAUCUCGAAUGAUGGAAAGAUCCUGCUGGAGAGUAAGGGGAAGGUUGCUGUGGCUCCUGAUGGAAAUGGAGGCAUCUACCAGGCAUUGGUCACAUCCAAUGUUAUGAGUGACAUGCGAAAGCGAGGUAUCGAGCACAUCCACGCUUACUGUGUGGAUAACUGCCUGGUGAAGGUAGCAGACCCGGUCUUCAUCGGGUUUGCUGCCUCAAAAGACGUCGACAUUGCCACGAAGGUUGUCCGAAAGCGCAAUGCUACCGAGUCUGUCGGUCUCAUUCUUCUCAAGAAUGGCAAGCCAGAUGUCGUCGAGUAUUCCGAAAUCGACAAGGAGACUGCCGAGGCAAAGGAUGCCAAGCAACCUGAUGUCCUCAAGUUCAGGGCCGCAAACAUCGUCAACCACUAUUACUCAUUCCGCUUCCUCGAAUCGAUCCCAGAAUGGGCACACAAGCUCCCUCACCACGUUGCCCGCAAGAAGAUCCCGUAUGUGGAUACCGAUAAGGGAACUACGAUCAAGCCAGAGAAGCCCAAUGGAAUCAAGUUGGAGCAAUUCGUCUUCGACUGCUUCCCAUUGCUCAAGCUCGAGCAGUUCGCUUGCAUGGAGGUUAAGCGAGAGGACGAGUUCUCGCCGCUAAAGAAUGCUAGAGGUACAGGUGAGGAUGAUCCAGAUACCAGUAAGAAGGAUAUCAUGGACCAAGGAAAGCGGUGGGCACAGGCUGCCGGUGCCACGGUCAUCAGUGAGGGCAGUGCUGAUGGCAUUGAGGUCUCGCCAUUGAUCAGCUACGGUGGAGAGGGAUUGGAAAAGCUCAAGGGGAAGACGAUUACGGCUCCGGCAGUCCUGGAGAAGGAAUUGUAG